AUGGCGCGGAUCAAGCCUCAAGCUCUUUUGCAACUAAGCAAAAAGAAGAAGGGACCGAGUAGGAUCAGCGUCACGACCAUUCUAAUUUACGCCCUAAUUGUUAUAGUCAUGGCGUUUUUCCUUUACUCUUCCUACAGGCACUGGUCUAGGAGGUUACAAUUUCAUAUGAAGAAUGCAUCAUUAGGUGUAGAGGACCUUGACCUUUUGCUGCGAAUUUGCCUCAUUGAUUGCCUGUUGCUGCUAGGAAUUGAGAGUCCUGCUCUAUCACAGGGACGAAUUAGGAUAGAUAAGGACAGCUAUGAAGAGGGAAAUCAUUAUAAUCAACUCGACACAAGCUUGAAGCAUGAAGCUUUUACGCUUGGUACUUCUAAGGCAAAACAGGAUGGCAGCGGAUUCCAUCUUUUCAUUACAACUGCACCAAUUGCAGAUCAAAAUGAGAAAAUUAGUGUAUUUGGACGAGUUGUCAAGGGAGAAGAAGUUGUACAGGAAAUUGAAGAGGUGGACUCAGACGAGCAUUAUCAGCUUAAAACACCUAUAGAAAUCAUCAAAGUGACUCUGAAACAAAAGAUUUAA